GUGAAAGCUGAGAUGGAUGGAUGCUUUUGCCACAGGUGCUUGAACCUCUGGAGAGUGUGUUAACCAGUAUUACACCGUGCAGCCUUUAAUCCGGAGCCAAAAGAAUUUAGAGAUGUGCUUAGACCAAAGAAAUACUAAGAGUCUUCAGUAGGUUAUCACACAUACAACUUAAAAUGAAGUUCAGCUUUGGAUUAUUUCAGACCCAUGGAUCUAAGUCAUCAUGGAUCAGCUUGACCUUUCUUUGCUCAAUGCUGUGCAUGUGGACUAGUGUAGAGAGCUGGUCCUACUACUACUCUAACACCACCAUGAAUUGGCUGGAAGCUAGAAUCUGGUGCCAGAAGCACCACACAGACAUGGUGGCCAUCCAGAACCAGGAGGAGAUCGGGCAUCUCAACAGCUGGCUGCCCAGGAAAUCCACUUACUACUGGAUCGGGAUCCGCAAGAUCAAUAAUGUCUGGACCUGGGUAGGAACCAACAAGGCUCUGACAGCAGAAGCAACCAACUGGGCACCGGGCGAACCAAACAAUGGCAAACAGAAACAGAGUGCGAAGGCGAAUGAGGACUGUGUGGAGAUGUACAUUAAAAGCGAUAAGCAUCCAGGCAAAUGGAAUGAUGAGAGGUGCGGGAAGUUGAAGACCGCUCUGUGCUACGCAGCUGCCUGUAAGAACAACUCAUGCCGCUAUGGAGACUGUGUCGAAACCAUCAACAGCCACAAGUGUGCUUGUUUUGAAGGCUUUUAUGGAGAGGAGUGUGAGCAAGUUGUCAAGUGUAACGAAGAGCAGGUGACCGUUCCAUAUAAAGGAAGUGUGAAUUGCACUCACAAGCAUGGCAACUUCUCCUACGACUCCUUGUGCCAGUAUUCCUGCGAGGAAGGAUACCAGCUGAGUAUGUCAAGACCCCUGAAAUGCACUGCCUCGACACAGUGGUCAGAGCGGCCACCUACAUGUGAAUUGGUCCAGUGUCAGGAGCUGUCUAGUCCAGCGAGAGGAUCCAUGAAGUGCUCCGAUCCUCUGGGCCCCUCCAGCUACCAGUCCACCUGUGUGUUUACCUGUGAUGAAGGCUAUGUACUCGCUGAUUCCCCGUCUAACACGCUGCAAUGUAAAGCGUCAGGAUUUUGGAAUGCCUCCCAGCCGCUUUGUGUUGCUGUCCAGUGCCCUGCUCUCCCCGAGCUAGACAAUGGCACUGUCAGCUGUGGAGACGAUGCAGAUGUGAGGUUUAGCUACGGAAACACCUGCAGCGUCAGCUGUGCCGCCGGCUACCACCUGGUGGGACCGAGCAGGGUGACCUGCACAUCAGCAGCUGAGUGGAGUGACAGUAUGCCUCGCUGUAAAGCCAUCACAUGCCAGAAUCCAGAGGGAGAAGCUCACCUCAUCACCCAGUGCAGCGAACCUUCGACCGAACUGCGGCCAGACUCCACCUGCAGCUUCAGCUGUGAAGCAGGCUUUGAACUGCAGGGAGCGCACACCACUCAGUGUUCUGAGGACGGACAGUGGAGUAAAGCCAUACCUACCUGCAAAGCAAUAGGAUGUCCUGCUCCUGAGAUCCCAACAAAUGCCCAGAUCAGCUGCACCCCUUCUCUGUCUUCACUUGUUUCUACCGUGACCCCCCAUCCACUUGGUAUGGUCUGCAUUUUCAGCUGUGAUGAAGGCCAUGAGCUGCAAGGUGCCCUAAGCAUGGAGUGUGCAAAUCCAGGCCAGUGGACCAGCACCCCACCAAACUGCUCAGCGGUGAGAUGCCCAUUGCUCGAGGCUCCUGAAAACGGUCAUAUCAACUGCUCAAACAGGGAGUCAGUGUACAACUCACAGUGCUCCUUCACAUGCAAACAAGAUUACUCUUUAGACGGCCACGAUCUGCUGAUCUGUGAUCGUCAUGGCAAUUGGACUGGAGAGAAACCCUCCUGCCAAGCUCCCCCAUCUCCGAUUACUGCCAUUGCUUCUGGUGUGGCAACAGGGGGCACUGUUUUAUUAUCUGGUGUGUCUCUGGCUAUGUGGAUCCUGAAACGACUGAAGCAGAAAGCAAACAAGUUUGAACUAAACAGCAACUCUGACAUUGAGGCACCUCCACAGGUCUACAAAAACAGCAUUGACAGCCUCAUCUAGUCAUAUUCUUCAGAGACAACAAAGGAUAAUUAUAUAUAUCUCUAACAUAACUGUAUGCCAGUCACUAGUCAUAGUAAUGUGAACAAUAUGAAUACUUUACAUUGUAUAACACUUGUUAACAGGAAAACUCAAUAUGUCAGAGCUAUCUAUGGUGAGGGGAGAGUUUUUUCAGGCCUUUGCAUUUGAUUGCUGUGUUACGUUUUGUUGAAUUUCAUGAUUUUCUUUGUAAUGUUAUUCAGACAUGUAUUUCCUCCCAAUGGGAGUUUUAUAUUGAGCACAUUGUUCUACAGCUUUAUGAACAUGCUGGAAAGGGGGCUUGAAUUAUGUUAUUGUAAUGUAAUGUUAUAUAAUGUUGUAGGUGGAUUGCCAUGUCAUUGCAGAACUGUGAAUCAUUUCAGUAUUUAUGUACUAUUUA